CUGAUGGCCACGACCCGGACCCGAGCCAAGAACGCGCUCAAGCGCCGGAAGCGCAGGCUCCAGCGGCAGCUCGAGGAGGACCUACACAGCGUCCUGCACGAAGGCUGCGAGGCUAGCACGAAGGAAGCCCUCGAGGCCGAGUACAUGGCCAACGAGGAGAACACGCAACGGGUCCAUGCUGCAUGGAUCACAGCGAACGCGACGGCCGACGCUGCCUUUGCCAAGCGGCAGCGCAUCCUCGCCGAGCGCCAGCGCCUCAUGGAAUCCAUCAAGCAGCAAGUCGAGCAAGAGAAGAUGGAGAUCGAAGCGGCAGAGAAGGAGCGCGCCGAGGCCAUGGAGAGCCUCCGACUCGAGCGAGAGGAGGCAGACGAAAAGCAUCGUGCGCAAGUGCUCGCGUCAAUGUCGCCCGAGAAGCAACGCGAGGUGGUCUGCGCGUUCUAUGCGCGGACAGGCACCUGUCGCUUUGGCGCCAACUGUACACGCUACCAUACUCCCGUCACGUCGAGUCGCUUCCUGCUUGUCCAGGGCAUGCAUGCGAUCCAGCUGGCGGCGGAUGAUGCGCUCGAAAUCGACGAGAAGCAGCUGCGUCGCGCAUACGCCGAGUUUUACAACGACGUGCUCGCCGAAUUUCUCAAAUUUGGCUUUGUCGUGCAGCUCACGACAUGCUGCAACUUGGCGCCACACCUGCGAGGCAACGUGUACGUCGAGUACCAAACCGAAGCCCACGCCGCCGCCGCGGUCCACGCUCUCUUUGGCCGAUUCUAUGCGGGAAAGCAGCUCUACCCGACGCUCGUGCCCAUGGAUUCGUGGGCCCAAGGCAUCUGCGGGCUCUACCAACAACGCCGGUGUACGCGCGGGCGCGACUGCAACUACCUCCACCCAUUUGCAACCCCGGUAGAAGAUACGCCGUCGUAUCGGUUCCGCCGCCGGUCGUCGCCCCACCAAGUAUGA